AUGCCCGUCACAACUUUUGCAUCACCUGACAGGUACAUUUACCAGAAUGGCUUCCAAUCCUAUCACGAAACCGAGGCCAUCAAGGGCGCUCUUCCCAUAGGCGCAAAUUCGCCGCAAAAGCCCCCAUAUGGAUUAUAUACCGAGAAAUUAUCCGGAACUGCAUUUACAGCUCCAAGAUGCGAGAACUUGCAGACUUGGCUUUAUCGAAUCAUUCCAGCAGCAGCUCAUUCAAACUUUGUUCCACGUCAAUUGGACUCCGCUGAGGAGGGCCCCGUCAAGUUUCACCAGAUCCCCAAUCAGCUGCGAUGGGAUCCCUUUGAUAUCGAUGAGUCGGUUGAUUGGCCGAGCUCGCUGAGACUCGUAGCAGGCGCAGGCUCUCCAGAACUUAAACAUGGACUUGGUAUAUACAUAUUCUCUGCCGGUAAAGACAUGGGCAAGAAUGAUGCAUUCUACUCGUCGGAUGGCGACUUUCUGAUUGUCCCUCAACAUGGCGAGCUGGAUAUACAGACUGAAUUGGGUUAUAUACAUGCUAGACCCAACGAGAUUGUGGUUAUUCCCCGUGGCAUUCGUUAUCGCGUCACUUUAAUGGCUGGKCCAGUUCGCGGAUACAUUCUUGAACUCUACAAGGGACACUUUCAGUUACCUGAAUUGGGACCAAUUGGCUCCAAUGGCCUUGCAAAUGCGCGUGACUUUCAGGCACCAGUUGCUGCGUACGACAAUGAUACGACCAGCGAGUGGACUAUUGUGACAAAGUUUGGAGGCCAACUGUUUGAAGCCAAACAAAAGCACACACCUUUCGACGUUGUUGCAUGGCAUGGACUCUACUACCCUUACAAGUACGACCUAGGCCGUUUCAACGUGAUUGGAAGUACUUCAUACGAUCACCCGGAUCCUUCAAUUUAUACAGUUCUUACGGGCCCCUCGGACCAUGUUGGAACCGCUGUUGCUGACUUUGUCAUCUUCGCACCCCGUUGGCUUGUCCAGGAGGACACUUUCCGCCCUCCGUGGUAUCACCGCAAUAACAUGUCUGAAUUCAUGGGCUUGAUUCAAGGUGAAUACGACGCUAAAACCGGUGGUGGGUUUAAGCCAGCGGGUGCUUCACUUCAUAAUAUCAUGAGUGCUCAUGGACCAGAUGCGGAAACUCACGAAAGAGCCAGCAACGCGGAUCUCAAGUCUCAGAAAGUGGGCACUGGUAGCAUUGCAUUUAUGUUUGAGAGCUGCUAUAUGCUUGGUGUCACGGACUGGGGGCUUGAGACAUGCCAGAAAGUGCAGAAAGAGUACAACAAGCACAGUUGGGAGACUCUCAAGUCAAAUUUUGCUCCCCCUACAGAAGUCUAG